CCUUUCCAAGUUUGAUAAAAUUAACUAGGCACAGAAACCCUUUUUAAGUGUCUCUAGAUUUCUUUGAUUCAUGAAAAUGGAUGAAAGGUUAAAGAGAGCAGCUGAAACAGGAAACGUCGAUGCCUUGUAUUCAUUCAUCCACCACGAUGCCAAUGUUUUCAAGCGUAUAGAUAAGAUGGAGUUCGUGGAUACGCCAUUACACGUUGCUGCAGUUGCAGGCAACACCGGUUUUGCAAUGGAGAUAAUGAACUUGAAGCCAUCGUUUGCCAGGAAACUGAACCCGGAUGGGUUUUCCCCCAUUCAUCUAGCCUUGCUUAAUCAACAAACCCAAAUGGUGAUUGAUUUUUUAUCUGUUGAUAAAGAUCUUAUUCGUGUUAAAGGAAAGGGAGGUUUCACUGUUCUUCAUCAUGUUGCUUUGGAUGAAAAUUACCUUCAUCUUUUGUGCCGGUUUUUGGAUGUUUGUCCCGAUUGUAUCUUUGAUUUGACAAUUGAGAGACAAACUGCUUUGCAUAUUGCUGCAGAGAAAAACAAAUUUGAAGCAUUUAAAGCGAUGUUGGAAUGGAUUCAAAGUGCGUUUGAAGACAAUAAGUCUAAGAGAAGUAAAAUAUUGAACUUUCAGGAUAAGGAUGGCAACACUGUACUGCACUUAGCUGCAUCAAUUAACCACCCCCAGAUGAUCAAACUAUUGAUAGAAUGCAAGGAAGUGGACAGGAACAAGACCAAUGAAAGUGGUUUUACAGCAAUGGAUGUGUUACAAAGACAAACUGUAGGCGACAAUACGGAGAGUGUGAACAUCCUGAACAGUAAUCCCCUCAAAUUUCAAAAGUUGUCAAAGUUCAAAAUACUGAAAGAUGCGGUUGAAGAGAUGACACCUGAAACAAUGGGUGUAUUAUUGAUCGUAUUUUCACUGGUUCUAGCAAUGACUUAUCAAGGAGUUCUCAGCCCUCCGGGCGGCGUCUCACAGGGCACAACCCAUCGUGAAGGGAAAUCGGUGAUGAGCACAUUUACUUUUCUUCUUUUCUAUAUUUCAAAUGGAGGGGCUUUUCUGAUAUCCUGGGUCAUAACAUUAUUGCUUUUGGGAACCGUAGCUAAAAGUAUAAUGUCUUUUCUGUUGCCAAUUUACAUGAUGAUGUGUUUAUGUCUCUGUAGUGCUAUGUUAACCCUAUCACCUUCAAUUAUUCUCUAUUUCGUCACCUAUUUUACACCAAUCAUCAUUUAUUUCUUAUUUUGGUUGAUUUGGUCAGGUUAUCACCCUUGUUUCAGAACAUAUUAAUAUGGACAUGUCUACUUUAGUUGUUA